AUGUUUGGGAAAAGCAGACCCAGCAAAGCCGACGACGACCGAUACAGGGGUUAUCCACUGGAAUGGCCCACGAGCGACCGCUGGAAUCCGCACUACGAAGUCCCGCGCAACUCGCUCGAAAACCCAAACUCGAACACGCCCGCUCGGCGGGAGACGCCAGCCACGCCGCCAGAAUGCUUCGACACAGGCUCCAGAAAACAGCCAGCGGCCACUGCGAGGGAGCUGCCGAUAAACGCCGAGGAUGGCGUUGAAGGGACCGAGAAGCGACAGCAUGCUGAGCUCGAAGCCGAAGAGGAGGGUCUGGCAGAUUUGUCGCACUGGCUCGAGACGCUGGGGGAGAUAUACAUGAACAAUCUCGACAAUCGCGCUCGAUGGGACCCGCGCUGGCUAAACGUCACUCGUCGCGAGCGGUACGACGGCCUCCGAUCCGCCUCGAUCACGAUCCUCGACUAUGUCGCCGGCGACACUGGGCCACGAACGGCGCUCAUUGCGGGGAAGAGGCACCUGGCUGCUGCGCUGCAAUCACGACCAGAUAACUCCGAGGUUAGGGUGGUCAUGGUCACUGAUCUUAGCCGCUUUGUCAUGGGCGCGUUGGGUCAGCUGUUUGACAUGGAUCCGGAAUUCUGGUUCGAGCAUCUCGCAAACUCGGGCUAUGCGGCGAGCGAUAGCCAGCUCAAGGUGGCCAAUGCCGUGUGGAUGAACUGGGCGGAACGAGAGACGCGAUUCCGCCAUCGAGCCCUCCCUGGCGUUGGCCAGCGCACAGAGUGGAAUUCUCGGCGCCGCGCGAAGGGCCGCACCUGGGCGCAUCUGCGUUGGGGCCGUCUAGGCUUGAUGCAUUACCUGGGCAAGAAGGGCUUCCACGAGGAUGAGAUUGAGAGAAGGCUUGGAGACGGCCGGUGGAUUGUUGAACGGGAUAUCACCCUGGACAAGAAUGGCUUGCUGAUGACGGAGAGGAGACUUGCCAAGGCGAAGAGAGCAAGCGAGAAGCGAAAUAAGAAGCAGCCAGCGACGACAACAGCGCCGGAGAUGCCAGGAAGAGCCAAGUCGACGAAUGUCUACCGUUCGUAUAGCACGUUCGAAGGCCUUCCCAAAAAUGUUUCGGCGUGGAGGAAUCGGGAUCUGAGAGUCGUCGCGCCCGAGGGGGUGAGUUACUGGUCGGGAAUGGAUCAUCACGGGAAGAGAACAGUUGUACUGCUGCUUGACCCCGUCCGACGCAUGAAGCAUACGAAGACGGGCGAGCUUAUCCCGGCACUUACGUUUAUGCCCAGAGCGUCGGAAAUAGAGUCGUACUCGGACGAGGAGCUGUGGCGUGGCCCUUCUCCCGAGGAGACUUAUCUCGACCCGCCACCGCCCCCCUUCUCCAAGGCAGACCUAAAGCGACAAAAGAAGGAGGCAAUCAAGCAGCGGCUAAAGAGCAAGAAGCUGCGGACCGACCCCGAUCAGGAGAAGGAUGCCUUCGCUGCUUCCGCCCCGAGGGAGUCUGCAUUCGACGACGAGUCGGUAUCGGCCUACACCAGUGACGAGGAGUACGACGAAGACUACGAGAAGGAACUGCGAGAGGAUUAUGCCGACCCGAAGCCGCACUCUCGCGAUCGCGACUACGCCAGGAAGUAUUCUCUGCCAACCGACAGUCUGUUGCGUCGUCAAAUGAGCACCCUUUCCACGGAGGCAAUGAGUGACGAUCAAUCCCUCGUCACUUCAACCCUGGCUCGCCUCAUCCUCGACGAUUUCCUCCAGCUUCUAGCUGAAAUCCGUCUGCAACUCGACCACUUGGACAACGACAUCAGCGCAGAGCUCUACGGUCAGCUGGUCGAGUCAAUCGGCAAUUCGACAAGACAGAACCUCAGUUGGAUGCGGGCCACGCUGCAAGAGCUGCGCGACUGGAGCGACCAUUUGUCGUCUACUGUGCUCAUUCAUGCGCACCCGGACAUUACCGCGGAGCUCGCAGAACUCAGCCUGGACGUAAAGGCACUCCAAGCCCGCGCCGAGCAAACACUGAACCUGCUCCUGUCCUCUAUGGGUCUGGCUCAGUCUUCCAUGGUCAUCGACCAAACCUCUGGCAUCAAUAAGCUUACUGAGCUAGCCUUCUUUUUCGUUCCGAUCUCGUUCAUUACCUCAGUCUUCUCGAUGCAGGUAUCUGAACUGACAUCCACGCCUCCUCGAAUCUGGACAUGGGGUGUGGCACUCUCCACCGUCGUCCUGAGUACCUACUUCAUUCGCUCGUCCCUUCGUUCCCCGUCUGUUCGCGUGGCUGUAUUGCACUGCCGCGCGACCAUCAUCAACCGAUUCUCCUCGUCACAGGCCUCAUCCGCGUCGCGCCGUCUCAACACCGUCGGCAAUCGUGCCAUUGCCAAGUUCCUUUUCUUCUUCAUUUGCGUUGUCGGCAUCCUGACCACCCUCGUGGUGGUGCUCAGCAUCUUGUUCAUCCUCUUAUUUGGCGGAUUGUGGUUGGGAACCAUUGCGACAGCUCUUUACUUCAUAAUCACCCGAUGGCCAGAACCAGCGGUACUGGUGCCGUGUUUCCUCAGCCUGCCGCUAUCUGGGCUCGGGAUGUACGCUACGUGGUACUGGUAUGAUGAGAUCACGGACUGGGGAGAGGCGGUCGUGGAGGGCUCCGCCUACGUGAUGAGGAGGAUAUUCCCGGACAAGUGGACUUUAGAGAAAGCUGACGACGAAGACUUGGCGAAAGAAGGCGUGAACACAUACGCCAGACAGGCUCUUAUUUUGGCAACGUAA